AUGUCGUCCUUUACGCAGACGCUCAUCGCCUCGGACCCCGCAGGCCACCAGCGCGCCACGCAGUCUCCCUUUCUGCAGCGCGCCGCCGCGGGCACGCUCUCCAAGGCGCUGCUCGGCCGCUGGCUCGCCAACGACCGUCUCUACAUUCACGGGUACAUACGCGCGGCUGGGCGCCUCUUGUCGUUUCUGCGCCUCCCCGAAGCAGUCUCACACGAGGACCGCAACGACAACGACAACGACAACGACGACGAUGACGAUGACGAUGCCGCCGAGGCUCUACUCGCGUGGGUCGUCGACGCGCUCGUCAAUAUCCAGCGCGAAUCCCGCUUCUUCCUCUCCACCGCCGCGCAGUACGGCUUGGACGUCAACUUACCCAUUGAUGCCACCACCGGCCGCGUGCCGGCCGCGGCCAAGCUCGACGGGCUGCGGCGCUUCGAGGCGCUUUUCGACGGGCUGCAGUCAUCCACGGACGAGGGGCCGCUGCCGUGGCUCGAGGCCGCAGUGCUGUUUUACGCGACGGAGCGGUGCUACCUGGAUGCGUGGACGUGGGCGGCCUCGCAGAUGGACGGCGCGAAAGACGGCGCGGAGGAUGAGGAUGGCGGCGCGGUGAGGCGGGCGUUUAUCGACAACUGGACCAGCGCCGAGUUUGCGGCGUUUGUGGAGAGGUUGGCCGCGGUGAUUGACGGCGCGGUAAGGGCGCAGGGCGAGGACGCGCAGGAGGCGCUGCGGCGGAGAGGGAUGGUGAUGUGGAGGGCGGUGCUGGAGGCGGAGGCGGCGUUUUGGCCGGCUGUCGAUGGGUCUUGA